AUGGAAAACUUGAAAAAUUGGAAUAAAGAGUUUAUGAAACAUUUCCACAAAAAGUUCUUUAAAUUCUCUAAAGAAUUCUACGUCCAAUUGCUAGCAGUUGCACAUGGAAUGAAACUUUCAUUCCUGUUCGAUCUGUUUGCUACCGACCAACAAUCCGUUGAAGCAUUUCUCCGUGGGGCUUCGGUGAUGGAAGAUUUCAAAUUCUUGUCAUCUCUUCAUGCUUUCAGUUUGAAUGAUGAAAUAUUCAUCUGUGAUACAAUCUCAGUGAUGCGAGUCUCGGACGGUAGUUCUUACAACGUCAUAUUCGUCGAUGUGUCAAAAGAACUGACUCGGCCAAAGAUCCUUGAAAGUGAUCUUGAAGUUAUUCUUGAUAUCAAAAAAGAAUUUCGGCAUAUUUUAACGUUCGUAGGCAGAUCUAAGAAUAGAAUGAUUAGUCUAAAUCCGGAGAGGCAAGUCAGUAUGUCGUCAAUUUUCGGACUAUUGUUGAAUUUUCCAGUUGUAUACUGCUGUAAGGAUGAUGGUAACUGUUUAAGUUUGAAACCUUUAAUUAACAUGAAAGUUUAUUUAAAGUAUUUUAAUAACGAAUAUUGCAUUUAUUCGUUUACGUAUCCUAAAAUGUUGGAAGAUAUGUGCAAAGAUUCUGUCAGUCUCUGGCUUGAUCAUUUGAGGACACAUGUAAAAGAAUUAAAUUUUGAACUUAAAUAUGGAUCCACUCCCUGUCAUAAAGAUGAAGCAUGCAACGUCAUCAUUUACCAUGUCAAGAAGUUAAAUUUUUGA